ACUUGCAAUCCUCCUGCCUCAGCCUCCAGAGCUGCUGGGAUGACAGUGACCACACAAGCCUUCGUCACGCUGGCCACCAACGAUAUUUACUGCCAGGGGGCCCUGGUGUUGGGCCUGUCCUUGAGGAAUCACAAGACGACGAGGAAGCUGGUGGUGUUGAUCACCCCUCAGGUGUCCAGCCUGCUCAGGGAUGUCCUCUCACGGGUGUUCGAUGAGGUCACUGAAGUCAAUCUGAUGGACAGCGAAGACUACAUCCACCUGGCAUUUCUGAAGAGACCUGAGCUGGGGGUCACCCUCACGAAGCUCCACUGCUGGACCCUCACUCACUACAGCAAGUGCGUCUUCUUGGAUGCCGACACCCUGGUUCUGCACAACAUCGACGAGCUGUUUGACAGGGAAGAACUCUCCGCGGCCCCGGAUCCGGGAUGGCCCGACUGCUUCAAUAGCGGGGUGUUUGUCUUCCAGCCUUCCCUGGAGACCCACCAGCUCCUGCUGCAGCAUGCCACGGAGCACGGCAGCUUUGACGGCGCAGAUCAAGGCUUGCUGAACAGUUUCUUCAGUGACUGGCCGACGGCGGACAUCCAUAAGCAUUUGCCUUUCAUCUACAACCUGACCAGCAACGCAGCCUACACCUACAGUCCAGCCUUCCAACAGUUCGGCUCCAGCGCGAAGGUGGUGCACUUUCUGGGGUCCACCAAGCCCUGGAACUGCACGUACGACCCGCAGACUGGCUCCGUCUCGGAGCAGGGCGCGGGGUCCGGCCCCCGGCAGCACGUGACCUUCCUGAAUCUCUGGUGGAGGCUGUUCCAGGAGGGCGCGCGGCCUCUGUACCCAACCGCCUGUGCGCAGGAGAGACAGGGACCUGCGGGGCUCCGCCAGGCAGCGAAUCAAGUCAAAGGUGGCCCAGCUGAGUCGUCUUUGGAUCCGAGUCAGGAGGUCCCUGGGGAGCCCUGCAGAGACCCCGGUGCUCAGGAAACCCUGGAGGUCGAUGUGGCCGCCUCCGUCUCCAAGAUUUCCAUCCAGGAGAAGCUCAAGGAGCCCAGCCCCGAGGAGGAGAGGAAGAAGUGGGAGGAAGGUCGCAUCGACUACAUGGGGAAGGACGCCUUCGCGCGCAUUCAGGAGAAGCUGGACCGCUUCCUGCACUGA